AUGUGGGACCUGGUUGCGCCUCUUUUUAAGGAAUUUCAUGAAGAGCUCACAGAUGAAUUAAAAUAUCAGAAGCUCAAACGUGAAAUAAAAAAUUCUCAUGAUUUAAUCGAAAGGCUUGCCGCAAAAGCCAAGCUUGAUCCUCUCAGCGUGGAAUUCUCAAAGCACCUUGAUGAACAUGACCGAUUGAAGCCUCUCAGAGAAGAGUUUUCCAUUCCAAAAUCAAAGGAUGUCGUUACCGAAGGUACUUCAAAAACAAAGCCAAAUGAAGAGGUCGUAUAUUUUUGUGGUAAUUCUCUUGGGUUGAUGCCAAAACGUGUAAGGCAACUUUUGUCCCAGGAACUUGACGUAUGGGCCACAGCUGGUGUCGUUGGUCAUUUUAAUCAUAAAUUCGAUCGUCCGUGGAUUUCUAUUGAUGAAGCGGUGGUGGAAAAAACUGCCGAAAUCGUUGGUGCAAAGCCCAUCGAGAUAGCAAUUAUGAACACCCUCACCUCAAACCUUCAUUUAUUAAUGGCCUCCUUUUAUACGCCAACUAAAAGUCGAAACAAAAUUUUGAUCGAAGCAAAAGCAUUUCCAUCGGAUCAAUAUGCCGUGGAAUCACAGAUCAAAUUCCAUGGAUAUGAUCCCGCUACUGCGUUGAUCAAGGUCAAUCCCCCGCCAGGAGAGUAUUUAACAAAGUUGGAUGAUAUUUUGGAUACAAUUGAAAAAGAAGGCAACAAAAUUGCCUUGUUACUUUUUAGUGCAGUUCACUAUUACACUGGGCAGUUCUUUAAGAUCAAAAAAAUAACUGCUGCCGCGCAAAAGAAGGGAAUUGUCGUGGGAUUUGACCUUUCUCACGCUGUGGGUAAUGUGGUUUUGAGACUACACAAAUGGAAGGUCGACUUCGCUUCCUGGUGUUCAUAUAAAUAUUUGAAUUCUGGACCUGGAGGAAUUGCUGGUAUUUUUAUUCACGAGAAACAUGCCAAUGAUUUUAACCGACCAAGAUUUGCUGGAUGGUGGGGUUCCGAUAGGAGAUCAAGAUUCCAAAUGGACAAACCAUUCCAACCCACUCCCGGUGCAGGCGGUUUCCAAGUGUCAAAUCCUUCGGUAUUGAACACCGUUUCUCUUCUUGGAAGUCUUGAAGUGUUCGAAAAAACUAGUAUGGUUCAGUUACGAGCAAAGUCCAUUCUGCUCACCGGCUAUUUGGAAUAUUUACUGGACAAACAGCUCAAUAAUCUCGGGUACAAAAUCAUCACUCCAAGAGAUCCGCAUCAACGCGGAUGUCAAAUUUCUCUGUUUUUUGAAAAAGAGAAAUUCGAGAAAGUUUAUAAGGAUCUUUUGAUUUAUGGCAUAAUUAUUGAUGAGAGAAAUUCUGAUGUGAUUAGAGUUGCCCCCAAUCCCAUGUAUAACAGUUUUUCCGAAGUUUUCAGAUUUGUAGAGGCAUUGAAAACUAUCAUGGCUGACCUGGGAGUUAAGCCCUUCAUCUCGACUGCCUCUUCUGGAGGAAAACAUAAAGGAACGAUGACAUUUGCAAAAGUAGCUUUUAGUGUUAUUGGAAUAUACUCUUGUUUUCUCACUUGGGCAGUUCUGCAAGAGCGUGUUUCCACCACUCCCUACUACGACAAUAAAGAAUCGAAACCGCAACGUUUUCGAUAUUUCAUUUUUCUCAAUAUGGUGCAGUCCAUCACUGCUUCAUUCAUUGCAUUCCUUUAUAUUAUGUUCGUGGGCAAGAAAAUUGAAGUUGGCUCAGUCAGUUCAUCCAUGCUGUUUCGAUUAUUGCAAGUAUCUUUCUUCGGAGCGAUUGGAUCCCCAUUUGGGUACGAGAGCCUGAAGCAUAUUGAUUAUCCUACACUGGUGCUUGGCAAGUCGUGCAAAUUGAUACCAGUGAUGUUGGUGAAUAUUAUUCUCUACCAGCGGAAAUUCCCAUUAUAUAAAUACGUUGUGGUAACAUUGAUCACGCUCGGGGUAUCAUGCUUUAUGCUUUUACAACCUGUCUCGGAAAAGAAGAAGGCAGUUGCUUCCAGCUCUUUCUAUGGUCUUAUGUUGUUAUCAAUUAAUUUGUUGAUAGAUGGAGUUACCAAUUCAACACAAGAUCAAAUAUUUCACAAAUACAAGGUCUCCGGACAGCAAAUGAUGUUUUUCAUGAAUAUGUUCAGCGCCCUAUUAAUGUUUACUUGGCUGAUCAAUCCGUGGAAUUCGGAACUCAAUGAUGCUCUGGUGUUUUGUCAAAUUUUUCCCAGCGUGCUCAAAGAUAUUUUGUUGUUCUCGUUGUGCGGCGCUUUAGGACAAUGUUUCAUUUUUUACACAUUACAAAAUUUUGGAUCGUUGUUUUUGGUUACCAUAACCGUCACCCGAAAAUUCUUUACGAUACUGCUUUCUAUAUUUUGGUUUAACCAUCAGUUAAAUUGGGGUCAAUGGUUAGCCGUAGGAUUGGUGUUCUCGGGAAUUGGAUUAGAAGCGAUUGUUAAACAAUUGGAUUCGAUAAAGCUAAAAGAAAAAAAGAUCAUGAGCGAUGGGGCCAAACCGUUGGAAGAAAAUAAAACGGGGCGAGGAGAAAACGGUGCAGUGAGUCGCGCGAAGAUGGAAUGA